AUGGUACCAGGGUUGCAAACGUCACGGCAUGGCGGCGAUGCGCCCUUUGAAGCUCUGCAGCUCUUGUUGGAGGAAGUCUGGGAGCUGUCCGGGCAUCUGCUCGGAAAAGUAGACCUCCAUUUCGGCCGUCUCCUGCUCCAAGUCGGCCUUGCUGAAAUCAAACAGAUGCUCCAUAUCCACGGGCCCCAGACCCUCCAUGUCGAUGGUGCCUGGCUUCGGGGUGAGUCCGAGCGGUGUCUCCUGGGCGAUGUCUUCCCCGUCGCAGCGACGCAGGAUCCAGUCGAUGACCCGGCAAUUAUCGCCGAACCCGGGCCAGAUGAAGUGCCCCUCGGCGUCCUCGCGGAACCAGUUCACGUGGAACACCUUUGGAAGUUUGGCACCGGGUCGCUGCUUCAUCUCGCGCCAGUGCUCCAUGUACUGGCAGAAGUUGUAGCCAAAAAACGGUCUCAUGGCAAACGGAUCGUUGAGGAUGAUUUUCUUCCCCUUGUGAUCGGCGGCUGCGGACGUCGACUGCGAGCGAAGGCACAGCCCCACGUAGAUCGCGUGCUCCCAGCUGAACGUUUCGAACACCAGCGGGAUUGUUUUCGGGCGACGCCCACCAAACAGAAUGGCGUCGAUCGGAACUCCACUUGGGUUCUCCCAGUCGGGGUCAAGGUUGGGACACUGCACAGUGGGGGUGCAGAAACGCGAGUUUGGGUGCGCGGCGGGGUUCGCCUUCUUCUCGGCAGCCGGCAGUUUCUCCCAGCCCUCUACGCCGAGCCAGGAGGUAAUGCCGAGCUUGGGCGGAGUCUCGUCCUCAAGCCCCUCCCAGAACACGCCUCCGUCCGACGUCAGUGCGACGUUGGUAUAGAUGGUGUUCUUACUGACGGCUUUCAUGGCGUUGGGGUUGGACUUCAUGUUGGUGCCAGUCGCGACACCAAAGAGACCAUUCUCGGGGUUGAUGGCCCAAAGUCGACCGUCGGGACCGAACCUCAUCCAGGCAAUGUCGUCGCCGAUGAGUUCGGCCUUCCAGCCGGGGAGAGUGGGGGUGAUCAUGGCCAGGUUGGUCUUGCCGCACUGGCUCGGGAAGGCAGCUGCGAUGUACUUCUUCACCCCUUGAGGGUUGGUAAGCCCCAGGAUCUGCAUGUGCUCGGCCAACCAGCCCUCGUCUCUGGCAAUGGUGGACGCAAUCCUCAGAGCAAAACACUUCUUCCCCAGGAGAGAGUUCCCGCCAUACCCGCUGCCAAACGACUUGAUCUCCCUCCGCUGCGGAAAGUGGGCGAUGGUAAUCUUCUCCGGAUUACAGGGCCAGGGGUCGUUAUCGGGGGCACCAGGAGCCAGUGGGACGCCGACCGAAUGGAGACAGCGGACGAAAUCCCCUUCCCCGAGUGCCUGGAGGACGCUGGCCCCCAUCCUCGUCAUCUUUCUCAUGCAGACGACCACGUAGGCCGAGUCGGUGAGCUGGAUACCAAUCUUACUGAUGUCUGAGCCCAGGGGACCCAUGCAGUAAGGGAUGAGGUACAUGGUACGACCUGGGGGAUUAGCAAAUUUAAUGACGGGGUGACUAACAAGCCAAACCAAUAUUUGCGAGGGUUGCCAAGAGCUAACCUUUCAUGCAGCCGGCAAAGUCUUUGUCCAACAGGGCGUCCAUUUCGUCCGGCUGCAUCCAGUGACCCAACUUUGACUUGAUGCCCUCGCUGGGUGUCGGUUUAGCCCCGCCCCUCGUCGGGGAGCAGAUGAAGGUCCUCCUCUCCACCCUCGCCACGUCGGCCUUCUUUGUACGACAGAGAAAGCUG